AUGUCGGCCGCUAUGGAUCGGGUUCGCUCAUUAUUCAAGAAGAGGGACGAUGAGGUGGAAGAGGAAUACCAACCCUUAACCGAAGAAUCGCGGUCCUUUGACGAAUCUCACGGGCGCGACGAAACCGACGAGACGCCUUUCUCAUGGAUCGACUAUGGCCUCUUUGCUAUACUUGGCGUUGCGAUGCUAUGGGCCUGGAAUAUGUUCCUCGCCGCGGCGCCUUAUUUCCAACUUCGAUUUCAGGAUGACGACUGGAUUCUUAGCAAUUUCCAAUCGGCAAUUAUAUCCGUUUCGACACUCGGGAAUUUAGGAUCGAUGAUCGUAUUGACGAAUGUCCAAUACACUGCGUCUUAUCCAUUCCGGAUCAACCUUGCCCUCUGCAUAAACGUCGUUAUAUUUACUUUAUUAACGGCCUCGACCGCUAUAUUCCUCGAUGCAUCACCUCUAGUAUACCUAGUAUUCUUAUUGGCCGCAGUAGCUUUCACCGCUUGGGCGGCUGGGUUGAUACAGAAUGGCGCAUUUGCAUUUGCCUCCAGCUUUGGACGACCCGAGUACAUGCAGGCAAUCAUGGCCGGUCAAGGCGUAGCAGGAGUUUUGCCUGCACUUGUUCAAGUCAUAUCAGUUCUCGUAGCACCGCCAGCCGAUGCAACCGCUGGCGUGGAAGAAGGGGUUUCAUCAGGCAAUGGGAAGGCUGCGUUCAUCUAUUUCCUCACCGCUGUGAUUAUAUCACUCAUAGCGCUGGUAGCCUUCAUCCCACUGGUUAAGCGACAUAACCGCAUUGUCGAAAAUAGGAUGAUGGAACAUAUGGCUGCAUCGAUGACAAGCAUCGAAUCUGCAGAACGUGCAGCGCGUAAGGUCGUCAGCAUGCUGACGCUCUUCCGAAAGCUCCAUUGGCUAGCGGGCGGGGUUUUUAUGUGCUUCGCCGUCGCCAUGUUCUUUCCCGUCUUCACACCGAAGAUUCUAUCAGUGACACCGCCGGAGGACGCGGGCUUAUUAUUACAACCAGCCGCGUUCAUCCCGCUCGGCUUCUUAUUCUGGAACCUCGGCGAUCUCGGAGGGAGGACCAGCUCUCUCUUCCUCUCACUCCGGGACCGGCCCGCUUUAUUAUUCGUAGCAAGCAUAGCACGGUUCUUAUUCUUGCCGCUUUACGCUCUAUGCAAUCUGCACGGGAAAGGGGCCGUUAUUAACAGCGAUGUGUUCUAUCUGCUACUAGUCCAAUUCCCCUACGGCUUCACCACCGGUUGGCUGGGCUCCAACUGCAUGAUGGCUGCCGGCGAGUGGGUUGAAGAUGGGGAACGCGAGGCCUCUGGAGGAUUCAUGGGGUUAGCGCUAGUGGCUGGUUUGGCCUUUGGUAGCCUGCUGAGCUUCACAGCUGCCGGGAUAUGA